AUGUCCAACAACAACCAGUCUUCUGUCUCGGUUGUUCCUGGUUCUUUCCCUGCCGCUCGCGCCAACGCUCAUUCCUCCCUUUUUUUGGCUACACCUUCUGCAAUUCCUUCUGCCAUGUGCCCUCACCAUUCAGUCCCUUUUCCCUUGACGUCUGUCUCUGGCACUAAACCUUUGGUUCCUCUUCCUUUCACGGCUGUGUCUGGCAAUAACCCUGCUGUGGAUGAACCAGCCUUGGGCUUCGGCAAUUGUUCUUUCUUUUUGCAUCCCAACAGCAAACCUGAGGUUGUUACUCCUAACCCUGCUGCAAAGGAUCCUGUCUUGGGCCUUGCCAAUGGACCAUCCUUUCCAAGGUCAAAGGACAAAGCCAGGGCUGUUACCCCCUCAACUUCUCCCACCCCUGCUUUCCCAACAAACAAAAUCGGUCGCGAUUCCGCUUUACCUGAUUCUGUCUUUGAUGUUCCUAAAGUUCUGACUAUCAACAAGAUGUGCCGCACUAACUCGUCUUCCGGUAGUUUGGUCUCUAGCCUUCUCAAAUUGCAGCAGCUGGGUAAAGAUGUACAGCCAGCUUUACUUCUUGACGGGUCAAACUUUCCUCUCUGGUCCUCUGCUUUAAAUUACAUUGUUGCCUCUGUCACUCAGAAGGAAAACUGUUUCAAUUGGGAUCUGUUUGAGGAGGAAUCCGCUACUGCUCUGGGGGUUCUUGCGGUCAUCAAACACUCAAUUGAUCUUUUGCUCCGCUCAUCACUCAACGGUAUGACUGCACAUGGGGCAUGGACUUCUCUAUACGACCGUUUUUCUGGCCCUUCCUGCAGUGAUGGGCAGUUAUCCAGAUCAAAUUUUGUCUGUAAAUCGUUGUAUCACAUGUGA